AUGAGACUGGUGCUUCCUAACCCAGGACUAGAGCUCCGGAUCCCCGAUUAUGAAGAACUGGAGAAAAGGGAAAAAGAGGAGGCAGGAGAGAGGCCUCAAUGGGACAACAAAGCUCAGUACAUUUUAACCUGCGUGGGCUUCUGCAUUGGUUUGGGUAACGUGUGGCGAUUCCCUUACUUGUGUCAAAGUCAUGGAGGAGGUGCCUUUUUGAUUCCCUACCUGAUCUUACUGGUGCUGGAAGGAAUGCCUCUGCUGCUGCUGGAGUUUGCCAUCGGCCAACGUCUGAGAAAAGGCAGCGUGGGGGUCUGGAGGUCCAUCAGCCCCUAUCUGACUGGCAUAGGUGUGGCCUCCAUGCUGGUAUCAUUUUUGGUUGGACUGUACUACAACACGUUGAUAGCCUGGAUUUUGUGGUAUCUGCUCAACUCCUUUCAAGACCCCUUGCCAUGGACUCAAUGUCCUCUUAAUGAAAAUAAGACAGUGUUUGUACCAGAGUGUCAACAGAGCUCCACUGUGGAUUAUUUCUUCUACAGAGUGACUCUGAAUAGCUCUACGACUAUAGAACAGUUAGGAGGGAUCCACUGGCCGAUAGUGCUCUGUCUACUUGCAGCUUGGUCAAUUGUUGCUAUUUGCUGCAUUAGAGGUAUCAGCACUUCUGGCAAGGCGGUUUACGUCACAGCCAUCCUGCCCUACGUAGUGCUGGCCAUCUUUCUGAUCAGAGGACUGACUCUGAAAGGUGCCCUGAGUGGAAUACAAUUUCUCUUCACGCCAGAUGUGAACGAGUUGACUGAACCAACAACGUGGCUGGACGCUGGUGCUCAGGUCUUUUAUGCUUUUGGUUUGGCGUGGGGAGGCCUGAUCUCGUUCUCGAGCUACAACCCUGUUCACAACAACUGUGUUAAAGAUGCUGUGAUCCUGUCUGCUGUGACGGGCCUCACCUCAGUUUAUGCCGCCACAGUGACCUACACCAUCAUCGGCUUCAGAGCCACCGAGAAAUAUGAUGCCUGCAUCAGUGAAAACAUCCUCAAAUUAAUGAAUACAUUUGAUCUUCCUGAGGGCAACAUCACCUCCAGCAACUACGAUGAGGCCUUUAAUUAUCUGAACAUGUCUUAUCCCAACACUGUCCUCAGACUGGACAUGCCAAUCUGCGACUUGGACAAACUUCUCAGCGAGGGAGUGGAGGGAACAGGUUUGGCUUUCAUUGUCUUUACUGAGGCCAUCACCAAGAUGCCCGGCUCCCCGAUCUGGUCUGUCCUUCUUUUCGUCAUGCUUCUCUGCCUGGGACUCUCAAGUCUGUUUGGCAACAUAGAGGGAGUGGUGGUCCCACUGAAGGACUUAAAAAUAUUCCCUAAAAGGUGGCCCCAUGAAGUCCUGACUGGACUAACUUGUCUGGUUUCCUUCUUUGCCUGCCUGCUCUUUGCGCAGCAAUCAGGGCUUUAUUGGGUGUCUUUCUUUGACACCUUUGCUGGAUCGGUUCCUCUACUGGCUAUUGGUCUUUUUGAGAUGAUAGCUGUUGUUUACAUCUACGGCAUUGACAGGUUUAACAAGGACAUAGAGUUCAUGACUGGAAAAAAGCCAUCCAUCUUUUGGCAGGUUACCUGGAGAGUCGUCAGUCCUCUCGUUGUUUUGAUUAUCUUAGUUUUUUACCUGGUGACUCAAGUUCAGAAAAAACUCACCUAUUUAGUCUGGGACCCUGACUCUGUGGAGUUUCCAGCUCUGGCUUCUGUAGAAUACCCUGCAUGGAUCAUUUCAAUUAUCAUUGUUAUAGCUGGAAUUCCUAGUAUGAUUGCACCUUUUUAUGCAUUAGGAAGGCUGUCCUAUGCUUCCUGCAGAAAAUUAUGUUCUAGAUAAAGGGUUUCAAAUGUAUUGAUCAGUUUUAAAUGUGGAAUAUUUUCUUGCACGGUUCAGUGCCAUGUGAAUGAAAUGUGUUCAAAAUCAAUCUGUUUAGUCUAAGUGUAAAUGGUUAGUAUUUACAGUUCAGUGUUGCCAGAUAUACAAUAACGUUUUUUAAGGUCUACAUCAGAGGGGUCAAACUCACUUACACAAAGGAGCCAAAAUUCAAAAUUGGUCCAAGCCAAGUGCCAAUUUCUGUCAAUAUUUGUUGAAAACACUUUUUAUAACAAAUUAUUUUUAUAGAAAAUGCAAAUAACCUUUUACAAACCAUGUUGUAUAGCAUUUAGAACAUACAUGAUCUAAUAAAUAAGGAUUAACUUUAGAAAGACUCAUUCACAUUAAUUUCUUGGUUUUUUUUUUUUUCAUUUACAAUAUCUUGGAGUCACAUUUGAUCACAAUCCAGCAAAUCAGAUAAAAAACAACUAAAAAUCAAAUUAUUUGACUUUAAAAUAAGGAAAGAACACAAGAGUCAAGUCUCUGUGAUUCUUUCCACACCAAAAUCAAAGAUUCUUGAUUUGAAAGUUGGCCAGCGGUAAUGAGAAGAAUGCACUUAAUCCAAUGACUAAAAGAGAAACCAUGGAACUAUUUCACGUUUAAAGCGUUACCUUUGGGGCCAGAUAAAAUGAUAACAAGGGCAAGAUUUAGUUCGCAGGCCUUCAGUUUAACAAGUGAUCUACACGACAUACAGCAAAAAGUUUUAAAAGCCUAAUUAUAUGAUGGCACAUCGGAAGAAACAAACUGAUUUUUUUCCAUUUUCGUGACCAACUACAGUAAAUACUUAAAAAAAAUCAUCAGUCACACCGUUCCUUGUCCUCACCCUUGGCGUCUGAGAAAGUGCACUCUUACUUUGCAUAUAGGACAGCUCGGAUCAAAAACACCAUCAUUUUAAAGUAGCACAAUGAUAUUUUGUCAUUUCCUGUCUAACAUCCCUGCUGCAGAUCGAAAUGUUUUAAUAUCCAUCAAUAAAGAAAUCAAGCAUUUCCCCUU